AUGAUGCUCGCAAGGCAGGUGAAUGCCGCUGCCCGUGUUCCGGCUGUGGCUCGCCUCGUACGCCCGGGUGCCAUGAAGCUGACACGUUCUUUUACGUCGAAUGUGCGUCGCAUAGUGCCUUUGCCAUCGUGUGUGUCUCAGCAGACGACGGUUCGGAGCUUCCAUCUCAGCCGCAAGGUUCUCGAGAAGGCUGAGGAGGCUAUCGAGGACGAGCGCGUCGUCGAUGAAGUUGAUGUGCUCAUCGUCGGUGGUGGUCCUGCCGGACUCAGUGCGGCCAUUCGGGCAAAGCAGCUUGCAGAAGCCAAGGGUGAAGAAAUCCGUGUAGUACUGCUGGAAAAGGGUGCCGAGAUUGGCAACCACAUUCUGUCUGGUGCUGUUCUGCAGCCUACUGCUCUGGAUGAGCUUAUCCCUGAUUGGAAGGAGAAGGGUGCCCCGUUAAACCAGCCGGCUCUCGAAGACAAAAUGGUGUUUUUGACUGAAAAGGGUUCCAUUCCUAUGCCGGAGCCUCCUCAAAUGCACAACAAGGGUAACUACAUUGUUUCUCUUUCCCGGGUGACCAAAUGGCUUGGUGAGCAGGCUGAGGAGCUUGGUGUUGAGAUUUACCCUGGCUUCGCCGGUGCACAGCUUGUAUGGGACGUGGCCGAAGAUGGUACUAAGCGCGGUAUCAAGGGUGUGAUCACCAACGAUAUUGGAGUGAACAAGGAGCGUCAACGUAAGGAUAACUAUGAGCCUGGUAUGGAAUUCCGUGCGCCUAUCACGCUCUUGGCCGAGGGUGCGCACGGCUCUCUCUCUCUUCAAGCCAUCAAGGAGCUAAAGCUGCGGGAGGCUGUAGGUGCAGACCCUCAGACCUACGGCAUUGGUAUCAAGGAGGUGUGGCGUGUGAAGCCGGAGAACCACCAGGCAGGUCUUGUGACGCAUUCAAUGGGCUUCCCGCUGACGCUUGACACAUACGGAGGUUCAUUCAUGUACCAUAUGGAGGACAACAUGGUGUCACUCGGUCUGGUUGUGGGUCUGGACUAUGAAAACCCGUAUUUGAGUCCAUUCCAGGAGUUCCAGCGCAUGAAGCACCAUCCCUUCUUUGCUAAUGUUCUAGAGGGCGGUGAAUGUCUUGCCUAUGGAGCCCGUGUCCUUAACGAAGGUGGUUACCAGUCGAUUCCGAAAGUGCACUUUUCUGGUGGUGCCAUUGUUGGUUGCUCGGCUGGGUUCCUAAACGUACCCAAGAUCAAGGGUACGCACAAUGCUAUGAAGAGUGGUAUGUUGGCGGCUGAGGCGGCCGUGGACGCGCUUGCGAAGCGUAAUGAGGAGGAUCCCUUCGCGCCGAUGGACAUCGCGGAGUACAAAACCAAACUGGAUAACAGCUGGAUCAUGCCGGAACUAUACGAGGUCCGCAACAUCCGCCCCAGUUUCCAUCCGUUUGGCUUUUUCGGGGGCCUGAUUUACUCGGGUCUCGAAGCUAUGUUCCUCAAGGGCCGCGUCCCGUGGACUUUGCAUCACCAGAAGCAGGACCACGAAUACACCAAACCUGCCGCUCUCUGCAAGCCUAUUGACUACCCAAAGCCGGAUGGAAAGCUGUCUUUCGAUAUUUUGACGUCAGUGUCGCGUACGGGUACAAACCACGCUGAGGACCAGCCAAUCCAUCUCGUGGUGAAGGACUUGGACUACAAAACUCACGUUGACCGCAAUGUUGGUACCUUUGAUGGUCCUCUGGGACGCGUAUGUCCUGCCGCUGUGUACGAAUACGUGCCGAAGGAGGAUGCCAACGGCGAAGAACACGCUCACGGCAAGAAACUUGUCAUCAACAGCCAGAAUUGUAUCCAUUGUAAGACAUGCUCCAUCAAGACACCAGACCAGUCUAUCACAUGGACUGUUCCUGAGGGUGGCGGUGGCCCCAAGUACUCGCUCACCUAA